AUGAAACUUGUGACCACUCUCCAGCCCGACACCAACUUCCGGGAGAUCGGCAGGCUGGCGGUGUGGAGCGUGACGAGCGCCAAGCCGGGCAACGGCGUGGAGCUGCUGCGGGACGGGCGGGACGACACCUACUGGCAGUCCGACGGCGCACAGCCGCACCUCGUCAACGUGCAGUUCCAGAAGAAGGUGUACCUCAGCGAGGUGGCCAUCUUCACCGACUACAAGCUGGAUGAGAGCUACACACCCACCAAGAUCUCCAUCCGGGUCGGCAACACCUUCUCCGACGUGCGGGAGGUGCGCAGCAUAGAGCUGUCGGAGCCUCAGGGCUGGGUGGUGGUCAGCCUGCCGCCCGACGAUGAGCCCGAGGCCUACCUCAAAGGGUUCCUCCUGCAGAUCGCUGUGCUGGCCAACCACCAAAACGGGCGCGACACACACAUACGGCAGGUGCGCGUGUUUGGGCCACGCAGCGACCCCAUCAAGGCCCUGGGCCACGAGGUGUCCUUCACCAGCCCACAGUUUGCCAUGUACGCGGCGGCACGGUAG